AUGUCAAAUACGUCGUUCCGAGAACACUUUCGGACCGACCAACUUGUUUUCCAGGCAAGAGCUUCCUCAAAUCUGAAACUUGUUGUUGUAAUUGGAAUCUACUUGAGGGAAAAUAAUAAGCUUAUAAGGCUUCGCACUCCUCUUGAUCUAUGCAUCCAGAGAGCAGUUUGGCCCAUCUUUAAUCCGGACACUUUCCGGACUUCAGGUCUCCACUUUAAACAACGUAGAGCAGGCAUGCAUUUUCACUAUGCCUAUAUAAUAGAGGCAUUAGCCGCUUUGGCUCCAAGAUUCAUCAAAUGGCCAGAUGCCUUGGAGAAAGAAGAAAUUAAAUCUGAUUUUAAGGAAAGGCAUGGCUAUCCAGGGGUCGUUGGUGCCAUUGAUGGAGUCUUAUUUCCUAUCCAGACACCAUUAGAGCAGCCAGCCCGGUUCCAAGAUAGGCAUCACCACUACUCUAUGUUGGCACAAGCAGUUUGUAACCACAAACUCUUGUACCGUGACUUUUACGUUGGUGAGGUUGGGGGCAUAGGUGACAGUCGUAAUUUUGAUAGGAGUGCUUUAAGUGUUAAUUUGCUGACUUCCCCUCACCUUCUUUCAGCAGAGGAGCAUAUAUUAGGUGAUGGUGCCUACACUCUAACUAGCAAGAUGCUAACACCAUAUCGCAAUGGUCAGAUGACAGUUCGUCAGAGAGCCCACAAUUUCCUUCACUCAGCUCAGCAACUCGAACCAGAGUAG